UUAAUUAGAUAAUUCAUACCACAAUACUAAGAAAAACCACAGCCGCCUCUGUUCUUACAGUACCCAUUGAACUCAUCUUCUACAGUUUUUCUCAAGUUUUUAUCAUCUGGGUCUGACUCUUCUGUUGUUUAAGCAUCUGGGUUCUCUUCAGGUAGCUAUCAUGGAGUGGUAUGUUAGGGGCAGUGAUGAAGUAGCUGAGAGGUUUCCGUCACCGGAAAGUUGGCAGAAUUGGAGAACAAGUGAUCCUGAAAAUUUCAACUUUCCGAACGAAGGGUUUCAUGUUGAUGCAAAUUCAUUUCAGGAAGAACUGAAUUUCGAUUGUACAACUGUCUCCAACGACGACGAGACAGAGAGUCCUAGCUAUUAUAAACAACAAUUUAGUUCGAGUUUCUUUGGAGGAUUGUCGGAAGAUUCACUCCACCACACGGAUCAGCUGGCUUACCAGCUCAAUGGCCACCCGCGAUUUGAACAGAUGGAUGACCUAUUCGUGAAUUCACUUAUUGAAGACUCGCCCGGUAAUGGAAAUGCUCAUGAGUCAUUUUGCUUUAAGGCAGAAUUGCAAACCGAUAUGGAACAUGGGGAUGAUAUCACAGAAACUUUAGAUACUCAAAGUAUUUCGAGUGAUUCACGGGUACGUGCUAUAAGAAGCUCUAGGUAUCUCAACACACAUUCAUUUUCUUCAUCAGUAGAGAGAGGCAGAGCUUCUUCUCCGCAGUCUGUUCCAUGCAGCUCACAGCAAAACCAUUGCCACUUGGAAAUGACACCCCCUGUCAAAAUCCUGGCUCUUCCUGAGAAUGAUGGUAUGGAUGUGUGCAUGGAUGAGGGAUCAUCUCUUGAAGAAUCUGUAUUACAAGAUAUGGAAAUGGCAAUGACACAGUUGAGUGACAAUACCCGGAUUUGCUUCCGUGAUGCCCUAUAUCGUCUAGCCAAUAACUCAAGGCAUCAGGUGGUAAUGAAGAACCAAAUUGAUAAUCUUCCUAUGGGAACUUCUUCAUGGAAAGGCCAAGAUGACGAAAUUAGGCCUGCAGAAAAUAAAUCUGUGGAAUCGGAGACCAACACAAUCGACAGAGCCAUUGCGAACCUCAUGUUCAAUAAGAUGGAGCAGAAAAUAUACGAUUUUCCCGUCUCUGCAUCAGCAACUUCCAAUCAAGAAAUCCCCAAACACUCUACCUUGAAUGAUCUAGAAAUCCACGAUCUUUCUCCAUAUUCAAAUUUCCCGAGAGAUGCUGAAGUUCCAAUCCUUUGUGUCGGUUAUCCGGAAUCGAGACAGUUUUGAACAUGACUUCAUCUUGAGAAAUCUUGCAUAUGUAAAAAGUGCAUGGCAUGGUGCUGGUUUGAAGAGCGAGUCAUGUUAAGAUUUUAUGACAAAUGUACUGUUUGAAGCAAGAAAACUUGAGGAAUUCCUUAA